GUAUAAAAGCUGAAUGUGUUUACAGUCGAGACUCUAAUAUCUAUUAAAAUAUUCAAUAAAAGUGAUCAUAAUUUUGAUGACAAACCAUAUCUUUAUCACUGGUUUACCAUCUGUUGGAAAGACAACACUCAUUAAGAAAGUUAUUGAUAUUAUUGAAGACAAAUAUAGUCACAGAUUUACUGUCAAAGGUUUUUACACUCAAGAAGUCAGAUCUGCAACUGAAGAAAGGAUUGGCUUUGAUAUCAUUGAUAUAACUAAUCCAUUAAAUCGCAAACAAUUGGCUCGCAUUGACUUCAAUAGUGGUCCCAAAGUUGGCAAAUAUUUUGUUGAUUUGCAUUCAUUUGAAUCAAUUGCUAUACCGUUGCUGAAUAUAUCCAAAGAGGAGAUUGAAUUGUUGGACAAAUCAAAUAAACAGAUGAUUCUAGUGAUCGACGAAAUCGGAAAAAUGGAAACAUUUAGUGAUGUGUUUCGUAAAAGUGUGCGACAAAUGUUUGACAACGAAGUGACAACAAAGUCAUACAGAAUUAUGGCAACACUUCCCGUCAAACGUAAUGUACAAUUGGCUGAAGAUUUAAGAAGAAGAUCGGGAAGCGAUGAGAUUCACAUCAAUCGUUCAAAUCGCAACUCUAUGGCUGACAGAGUGGUCAAUAUGUUGUGCGAGAAUGCCAUCCGAUAAAUGGCUCAUCACUUGCACUUCAUAUCCAUCUAUUGCUAUCAUUUUGUACAUUACUCUUGUAUUUAAUCUUUCAUUUAAUAUAACAUGUAUUAACUAUUUGAUUGAUUGUAUUUGUAUAUAUAAUUAUCAAACAAUCUUUAUAUUAUAAUUUGUAUUAUAAAUUGAAUCCUUAUGUAAAUAUUUGAUACGAUAUUACA